AAAUAAAUAAGUCAUCACAGAGAGAGGGAGAGAGUUGGGGAGGUUGCUUUGGAAAGCAGAGCAGGCAGCUCAUCCCAGAGAGAGAGAGAGAGAGAGAGAGAGAGAGAGAGAGGGUGUAUGUGUGUCAUGUUACAGAGCAUUCAGGAACAGCCACAGUGCAGCUCCCAAUCAGUUGAGAAUUACCUCUCUCUAAUGGGGAGCUUCAGUACAGUCUUUUGCCUACUCUGCUGAGGAACUAAAAGUUUAUCCCAAAAAAUAGAAGGGAGGGAAGGAAAUCAGCAACUGAGGCUGAAGGAACACUAUAGAAGACAUACUUUUAAAAAAUACAUACAUAUUUGUGUAUGUAUUGUAUGUAAACCCUUGAUCAGAUUGCUUUCCUAGAAACUGUUCUAAAGUUUGAUUUUUCUCCCCUUUAGGGGAAGCAGGGGAAAACCCCCCAACUCUUCCUUCCACCUCAGUUUGUUCCAUAGAGGUUGUUUGGUUACCUGCCCUUUUCUUUCUUUUUCUUUUUUCCUUUUUAUUUGUUUUUUCUCAGUGGCAUUGGGAUUUCCCUUGGACGGCAGCAUCCUUUUGGUGCACUGUGGAUUUUGCUACUAGGAAGAAGAUUGCAACUUUAUUUAUUUUGUAUUUAUUUAUUUAUUGCCUCUGAGGCUGGGGCAGGAAUGGUGGUGGUGGUGGAGGAGAAAGGCUGGAAAGAGGCUGCUCCUGAUGCCUUGGAGAGUGGCUGCCUGACAUCCCAUCCCAGAACAGGCGAUGGGGGAAGAUGCUGUAAAGGACCUCUGCUGCUGGGCUCUGGGCUGCCUGGAGUCUCUUUCCUUUCUCUGGUGCUGAGCCUCCUGCUCUACUUCAGGACAUCAGACCUGCAGUCCAGGGUUUCCCAUUUGGAGGCAGACAGAGCCACUCCGCUCCCUGCCUGCCUCUCCACAGACCAAAUGGAGACAGCUAUUUUGGGAAGAGUUGACCAACUGCUCGCUGAGAGAUUAAAGUUCACCUUGUCAAGACAUCGGGAAGCUAGAGAUAUCCACCCACGAUGCAACUGCCCAGCAGGCCCUCCUGGUCCUACAGGAAGACCUGGGCUUCCGGGAGACAAAGGCACCAUGGGGAUCCGUGGACUACCGGGACUAAAGGGGCAACCUGGAGAGAAGGGAGCCCCUGGAGAAGCUGGCAUGUCCAUCAUUGGUCCCCGUGGUCCUCCAGGACAGCCUGGAACAAGAGGUUUUCCUGGGUUUCCGGGCCCAAUUGGUUUAGAUGGCAAACCAGGGCAACUUGGACAGAAAGGGGAGAUGGGCCCAGCUGGUCCCAAAGGUCAGCCAGGAAGCCCUGGACAAAAAGGAGAAAAGGGUCAGUGUGGAGAUUAUCCACACAGGCUGUUGCCUCUUCUCAAUUCAGUGCGGCUGGCUCCACCCCCAGUCAUAAAGAGACGCACCUUCCAGGGUGAACAAGGACAGGCAGGAAUCCAAGGGCCUCCGGGACCACCUGGACCACCAGGAACCCCAGGACAACCUGGCCCAGUUGGCCCAGCAGGGAAAGCAGGAGAGCCAGGGAAGCCAGGCAGAGAUGGAAAGGGCUUGCCAGGACCUCCUGGACCAAAGGGAGAACCUGGAGUGCAGGGAUACCAUGGAAGAAAGGGUGAGGCUGGUGAGGCGGGUGAGGCUGGCUUACCAGGACCCCCUGGCCUUCCUGGUCCUACUGGCCCCAAGGGUGAAAAGGGAGAACGUAACAUGAAGGGUGAACCCGGAAUUCCAGGAGCAAAGGGUGAGAAGGGAAAACCUGGUGAUCCAGGCCCUCCUGGAAUCAUAGGACAAAAGGGAGAAAAGGGAGAUUCUGGCAAUGCACUUGGAGGAGGUAAAGGGGAACCUGGACCACCAGGAUUGCCUGGGCCUCCUGGACCAAAAGGAGAACCUGGAAUACCUGGGGAGCAGGGACCAUUUGGCCCAAGGGGUCCCAAGGGCGAACCAGGCAAGAAUGAAAUGGUAGAUUAUAAUGGCAAUAUCAAUGAAGCUUUGCAGGAGAUACGGACCUUGGCCCUUAUGGGACCUCCUGGACUACCUGGAGUUGCAGGACCACCAGGUCCACCAGGACAGAAGGGUGAAGUUGGCCUGCCAGGUCCUCCUGGACAUGAUGGAGAAAAGGGGCCACGAGGCAAACCAGGAGAGAUGGGGCCUCCUGGUCCCAAAGGACCUCCUGGGAAAGAUGGACCUCCAGGAAUGAAGGGAGAAAUUGGCUCCAUGGGGACCACAGGAGCAAAAGGAGAAAAGGGGGAGACUGGACAGGCUGGCUCACCAGGUCUUGAUGGCCUAACAGGAGAAAAAGGUGAUCGAGGGAUGCCAGGACCACCAGGUCUACCAGGUCCAAUUGGGCUUCCAGGUUUUACAGGAGAGAAGGGAGAACCUGGAGAGAGGGGCGACACAGGAGAUACAGUAACUGGGCCACCAGGGCCACAAGGCCCACCAGGAACACCAGGUGUUCAAGGCCUUCCGGGACCGAAGGGAGAAGCAGGCGUUGAUGGAAUGAAAGGUGAAAAGGGUGCCUUGGGAGAAAAAGGAGACCGAGGUCCGCUGGGAUUGCCCGGUGCUUCAGGUUUAGACGGCAGGCCUGGCCCACCGGGUACUCCAGGACCAAUUGGAGUUCCAGGACCAGCAGGACCAAAAGGAGAGAGGGGCAAUAAAGGAGAUCCUGGAACUGCAGGACCAAUAGGGCCAGCAGGGCUUCCUGGUUUACCAGGUUCACCAGGGGAAAAGGGAAAUCGGGGGGAAAGGGGCAAGAAAGGUUCUAGAGGGCCUAAAGGGGAUAAGGGAGACCAAGGAGCACCUGGAUUAGAUGCACCCUGUCCAUUGGGUGAAGAUGGCUUGCCAAUUCAAGGAUGCUGGAAUAAGGGUCAAACUCCUUGGCUGAUAGCCAAAUAAUGAAACAAAUAAGAGGGUGGAGAUACUUGUGGAAGGCCUGCAGUGGUGAGAGAAGAACAUCCUGCAUGAAGGUUUGCUGAAGAUAUUCAACGACUUACCUCCAAGGAGCACGGAAGUAUUCUUGAGCCAUGCGUGCCAGAGUUUUGUUCCUGUCUAGUGGGCCUGGUGGGGCUACAGAAGAGGGACACACCAGUGGGUUUUGCUCUCUGCUUCCAGAGGUCAACAUGGGUGCCAGUCAUGAAACAAAUUGAGCUUCAGUGUCAUUCUUACCCUUUUCAUUUCAUCUGUUACAAUCACGGAAGCCUUUGUGUGAAGAUCUUGGCACUUAAUCCAGCAGCUGGUGUGAAGAGCGUUAAGACAUAGACAGCAGUUCUAUGGUUGUUGCUUUUUCAUGAAAAGGAGCUAUAUUCUCAUCUUUUUAAACAAAAAACUUGAAUAUUGAUUUAAGAAAAUCAGCUCAGUGAAGAUACAGCAAAACGUUUACCACCUUUCCUGAUGAUUCCAUCCUUAAACCUUUCUUAGCUUCUCUUCAAAUGCUACCAUGUUAUUUUCUGCAAGAACAUUUUUUUUGUAUAGUAGAAGAAAAACAAUCCUAAAUUUCAUAAAUGUUUGGUGUUAUAAGACCGAUUUUUUUGGCAUAAUUGUUGUUGGUGUUACUUUCAGACUUUAAUUUUUUCAUAGUAGAAAUACUUUGCUAUAGGUUUGCCAUAAAAUAUUUUGCUGUCCUAAUAAUAGGUUCUUUCCUGUUACAUCCCCCAUGCUUAAAACCUAUUACUUAAAGUACUGCUUUUAAUGGAUUGCACAGGUAAAUAUAACAAAGAAACAGGAUUUGAGGGGAGAUGUGCAUAGGUCAGCUACCCUCCACAUACUAUUAUUGAGAAUUUGAUGCUGAUGUUAAUAGCUGCAACAUCGUCUGAGUUAUUUAAGAAAACUACUAUAACAUACUAUUUCAGUUUGUCAGGAGUCAAAAAUGGUUACUGAUUCCUGAUAAGUUCACAUAUAUUACCAAUGAAAAAACUUUUCUGGUGUAAAAAUAGAUCCCUGAAAUAUCUUCCACUACAAACACACAGGGCAAAAAUUGCUUUAGUUUCUCUUCAAUGUCCCUUAUUUCCCCCCCCCCAAUGUUGUUUUCUUUGCCUUUUAUCAAACCCAGGGCUCUCACAAAAUGAGCCACUCCAACCUCUCUUUGCUUAAAGGAAGUUUCAGUCCACACAGUGCUUGCAUCUUUUAAGUUGUUAGCAAGUGAUUCAUGCAGGAGCUCUAUAUGCACACCAGUGCACUACAAAACUGUAAAUGAGAAUUGCCAAGAGGUUUUGGAUAAUAAUACAUUUCAAAAAUAGAAAUGAUAUUUAUUUAAUCUUUAUAUCCUACCUUUUCUUCCAUGAACUGUACAUAGCAUAAGACUGCCACAUUUCUCUAUUUUUUUCUGCAACCCCUAAAUGUUUUUUUUUUUCCUGAAGACUGCACAAUUGUGAGAAUGGUGGAAGAAGCAGUGUACAGACCUUCGGAUGGAAAUUACUCUGUCCUAAGUGAAUGGAAGAGCAUGUUUUGUUUUGAGAGCCUGAGCUAUUUAGUGAGACUAUAAAAAGCUUUCCAAGAAUAAAUAGUUUAGACUGGCUGUUGAAAACCUUGACUGCCACUGGAUAUCUCUUGUAUAAUUAAACACUUUUUGCCAAAGUUUUAUCUUAAGUCAGGAGUAACUUAGUCAGAAGUUAUGUAGAAUAGUUGUUGUUGAGGCUUGUGAGAUGCUCAUAGCAAUAAAAUUUAACUUCUUUUCUAAAGACAUUGGCACAGUGCAGUUAUAGCUGAUAUGCACCUUCAAGCUGACUCCAGCCUCUGGAAAUCCUGAUGCUGAAAGUGUGACUUGCUCAAGGUCACAGCAAAGAAGGAGAAGCAUUUUCAUCCGAAUCUGUAUUCCUGAGCUUCCAGUCACGUCUCUAGCAGUGUGAAGAGGGUCAAAUAUUUUUAGGAUCAGAGAGACAGCGUUCUCACAAAGCAAAGCAAGAAAAACAAUAGCAAUUUAUAUAAAAAUAUCAAUUUAGAUUGUUGCUAUAACCUUUAAUAGAGAUUGACAUUUUUACAUAUUAAGUUUGUUGCAGAUAUUCUUUUCUUUAAUUUUUUUUCAUGUAGAAAUAAGAAUAUGAGCAGAACUGCAGGCAGUGUGCCUUUAUAAUUGUUAAAAGACUAUAUAUAUAUAUAUAUAUUAGGUUUUAUGUUAAUUUAACUGCAAUCUAUAUGAUUAUUAGUGUUUUGAUUAUUAGUGCUUUAUAAAAAGCACUAAUACAUAUUUGUUACAUAUUUGUUAGCUACAUUUUAAUUUUGGCUUCUGGAGUAUAAGAAAGUUGUAAUUAGUUUUUUGUGGGUUUUUCGGGCUAUGUGGCCAUUUCUAGAAGAGUUUAUUCCUGACGUUUCGCCAGCAUCUGUGGCUGGCAUCUUCAGAGAAGUUGUAAUUGUUCGUAACUCCUUUCUUUUGGGGAUAUAGUCCUCCCUCUCAAAUACUGUAAAAUAUCUAACUGGUGCUCCCCUUCUCCCUUUGCCCCCUCUAAUGGACUGAUUUUGUCUCAUACUGCCCCCCUCCAAAAAAAAAGACUACUCUGGGGACCAAAUGACUGUGGACUCCCUCAGUACAGUGACCCAAGUCAAGAUCUGGCAAUGCAUAGUUAAAUCUUCAUGGUAUCAUCAGGCUGUGACUAAGGGCACACAUUGAAAGUGAUGCAGUGCAAACAGAAACCAGGGCCCAAUGGGGUACAUUGACUCUAUCCCCUCAAAAUUUACAAUCCUCCUUUUGACUGCACCAUCCUCCUAUUUGUGCAUCAAAAAAAAAAAAUCUCCAGGAGGCUGAGAAACCCUCUGGAACAGGUUUUUGGUGCUAUGGAAGGCUGUGGAAGGCCACCAAAUUCUACUUUUGGAUACGGCAGUAUUCCGUUGGCUCUCAGCCAGAUGGUACAAGUAUAUAGACAUGUAUCCAAAUGUAGAUGUCUUCUAUCUGCAUUGCAUCACAUGCAACCCUAUGUGCAUCCAGUUGUGUGAUCCCAUCUACAUUCUCAUGUUGCCAGUUAUGCAUAAUUAUCCUUAACCAGAGCUAGUUUCGGUGAUCAAAAUGGUCUCGCUCAACAGUGGUAGCAAUUUAUGCAAGUAUUUAGGGACCAGGAAUGAAAACCAAAUGGAUUUCUUUGAUACCAGGUAGUCUCUAAUUCUAGACAUUUAUGUUAGUUCUACUUGAAAAACUGACUGUUCAAUGCAAGUUAAAACUUGAAAAGUUGGAGCUAGUGGAGAUGGCUGUUGGAAUAAAACACUUCCACAUUGAUUUUCUUUCCUUGAUCUAACUAAAC